CGAUCUAUGAACGUAGAAAUUCGUAAAAACUACAUCAAAUACAAAAUAUCGUACAAAUAUCGAAAUAAUCUAAAGGUGGAGUAAACAUUGCUAUCUGUUUGUGCUUUUACGAGAUUUAUAGUACAAUACGGUUUUACUUACCUACUUACAAGUUGACAAGUUGAUACUAAAUUCGAAAUUUAUGAAAAUUCGAAAAGUGAAAAAUUCAUUCAGGAUGUGUGAUGGAAUAUUUCGGUGAUAUUAUUUGCCUACGCCUACACAUGUUCUAGAUUUUGGAACAUUGAUUGUAUUGUUGCUUAUAGCAUAGAUGGCACCUCGGUGGUGUUUUCAGGUAUUAUCUUAUUCCCGCUAUUUCUCGAUGAAAUAAAGAAUAACUUGUGCUGUUAUUUUUAUUUUUAAUUAUCUUAUAUCUCACUAACGCUUUCACAUUAUGACGAGUUCUGUCAGUACAAAUCCAUCAACAUUAUUGCCUUUAGAAUUAGUUGACAAAUGUAUCGGUUCUCGGAUACAUAUUAUUAUGAAAAACGAUAAAGAAAUUGUCGGCACCUUGUUAGGUUUUGAUGAUUUUGUAAAUAUGCUGCUCGAAGAUGUGACAGAAAGCGAAGCAACACCCGAGGGACGAAGAGUCACCAAGCUUGAUCAAAUACUGCUUAACGGAAGCAAUAUCACAAUGCUUGUACCUGGUGGAGAAAUGCCUGACACGUAAAAAAGUAACUUUCUCUGGUAUAUUUUGUACAAUAAAAAUUUGAUCUGUAAUUUACGCGUAUCUACUACAGAAUAUUAAAAAUAUCUGUCGAUUAAGAAUAAUAAUUCAAAUAAAUAUUAAGAACAAAGUAGCA